AUGAACAAAGCAAAUAAAACAGAUGAAAAUUGGACAGAAAUUUGUUCUAUUUUGCAGAAAGAAUACAAAGAAACGGAAGAAAAUUUAAAUACAUGGAAGAAUUAUCAAAAAGAAUACGAAAAACUGCGAUCAUUUUUGGUGGAUCUGCCGAAAACAACACAACGACCUUAUCUGGUUCCAUUUAGUCAAAAAGCAUAUAUUCCAGGUACUCUUAUACAUACUAAUGAAAUUUUGGUACUUUUUGGUGAAAAUUGGUUUGUUGAGCGGUCAUCUGUUCAAGCAAUAGAUAUUGUUGACCGAAGGCUUAAAUAUGUUAAAGAACGUCUAGAAAUACUAGAUCGGCAAUGUAAAGAUAUCAAAUUUCAGCUUGAUCAUACGAUAGAAAUGAAUCAGGGAAAAAUAUAUAAUGAAGAAGGAUUACCAAUAGUGGAGAUUCGUGAAGAACUUAAUGAAGAUGGGUCUAUUGCUCAUGCAGAAGUUUUUGACCGUUUGGCAGAGCCAUGGCUAGUAGAGGCGUCGAAUGAGUUUCUAAAAAAACUUGAUUUAUCAUCGGGCAUAUAUAGUGGUGAUUAUUCUAAAGGUUCUAGUCCGGAUAAAGAUUUAGAGGAAAUAUCGCCAAAUAUUAAGGAGUCUCUUGUAAAUAAAAAUACUUCUAAAACUAACUUGUCUACCAAUGUUCCAACACAGAAGAAUAUGGAGACAAUGAUUGAUCUUAUUAAUGAAAUCGAUGAACAAGAAAAUAAUACAAGUCAGGAUCACUCUUAUGACAAUAGUGAUGACAGUGAAGUAACUGAAGAUCAAUAUGGAAGAACCCGUGGAUUCAUUAGUCCUUUAUGUAUACAGAACGUUUCUUCAAAAACUUCAGAACGUGUUAAAAAGGUUACUUUUUCUGAUUCAAUAGAAACUGUAGAGGAAGAUUGUCCUGAUACACAAAACGCAUAUUCUCCCGAAAAACCAUGUAUAAAAAAAAACCCUUUAAUUAAAGAUGUGGUUGAGCGGCCUUUGGUUGAGUCGACUGAACAUGUUUUAGAUGAACUUGAAUCUUCACUUCAUCGGCGAGAAAUCGCAGCUGAAUAUUAUAGACUAAAACAAAAGAUACAUGCACAAAAUGAACAUCUUAUUCAUAAUAAUUUUAACCAAGAAUAUAAAGAUAAUAACUUUCCUAAAAAAAAAGUUAGUCGUUUUAAGGCUGCUUUUAUGGAAAAAAAAAAUAUGGAUUUAUUUUAA